AGGCCUACGACGAGAUGGAGAUGAAUGUCACGGCCGCGGACCUUGAUCCCUACACGGACAACGCAGCUCAGUAUGCCGUGGAUGCCAAAGAAGCUGCAUCCAGGGCAACAGGUGCUGCUAGAGAAGCCUUUGUGCGCGAAGCGGGCCUUGGAGGUGUUCCAGCCAAAGUGGAUCAUGCUUGGGACGCCGCCAUGCAGGCUCUUCGAUUUGCUCACGCUCAACGACUGGUGGCGAAAGAGCUCAUGACGACCCGCAGCGAUCGUCAGAUUGUCGAUGUGGCGGUGAACAAGGUGCUGGAUCGAAUGGAGGAAGCUUUGCACACGCAUCUUGGAUGCAGUGAAGGACUGGAGCACUUGGAAGACGUUCAAGAGUACGUAGAGGAUGACAUGCAGAAGCUUCAGAGCGAGCAGAAGUUGUUGGAUGCAGAAUUGCAGGAAGCUGAAAAGUUCCCGCUGUACCCCAGUCGCGACUAUGUGGUGGAUGAAGUACCCAGAGCCGACGAAGCCCGACCACCACCGGAGACCAUCAUUGGCGCAAUGGACACGGGCGUCCCAAAGGCGGCCGACGUGUCUCAGAUCUCUUACAAGAUGGGGUGA